AUGGGAUGCUGUGAUGAGCUUAAGCAACCGUUGAUGGUUUACGAAGAUGUCCCAAAUAGAACCCCUGUGGAUCAUUUACAAGGUUUGAACAGGUGGAGAGUAACGUGGACUACUCGUCUCAACGUCCCUCAUGCGAUCGUUGAGGGGCUUGCUUACCUCCAUUUCUCUGUAGUUCCUGCAAAUAAUCACCGUGACGUGAAGUAUAGUAACCAUUUGCUUCAUGACACGCUAAAUGCAAAGAUUUCAGAUUUUGGGUUAUCUCGUCUAACGCAUACAAAACUCGACCAUAUAUCAAUGUGUGCACAGCGAACUCUGAAAUAUGUCAACCCUGAGUACAAGAGGAAGUAUCGCUUGACGGAUACUCGCUGA